CGUGACUUUGACAUUCGAUUCGAAAAACACAUCGAUAAUGUUUUUGAAGAAUGGAUCACGCUAUGGAUUGUGAGCGUUGGAAUUACGAGCCGAAUGUGAAGAAAACAGAAAGAGUCUGAUUAUUUCGAUUCCGAGUCCUUCGAGAGUGACCCCGAUCUUCAGAGGUGCUGUCACCGGGUGAAAAUCGCUUACGCGACUCCGACUUCAACUCCUUUGUCAGUGGAAAGCCCCUUGAAGAUCACGAAGAUGAAGGUUUGUUGAAUCACCUCGAAUGUUCUCAUCAGGAAAAUACACAGCUGAUACGAUUUUCAAGUUUUAGCUCAUCCUCAAAAGCUAGCUUUAUGCGAACUGUUGUUAAAAAUGUAAUGGUUAAUCGUUAGUUGGUUGGUCCUUUCCAUGCGUUGAAGUAAACAAGUAUAUGUUUAAUUGGUCAUUGGAACAGGCCUUUCAUCGGAUGUUAUGGGAAGCGCAAUCCUCAAGACAUUGAGACGAUUUUCGGCCUUCAACUGACUUUUUUUUUUUGAUAAAUUCGAUUAUUUACAAGGAAACACAGACCAACCUCAAAAUUCCAUGUCAAUUAAAAAUGUGGUGGUUAUCUACUGUGUCCGCGAAAAAAGAAAAUUUAAAUUAUUUUAAAGGAUCUUGUCUUGAACAGCUUUUUAACAACAACAAAUGGGGUAUCACGAAUACUCAGAUCUCAAAAACUUAGACCUUAGAUACCUCUAACAAAUGAGUAGUUUAAACAGAUGUAAAAUGUUUUACCAAAUUGGUCUCAAUCGAACGUGACAAUAACACUCUUCGCCGCUUGCUUGCAUUUUUCACCAUGAGUUGCCAGGGGCCGAGAAAGAGCUACAAGAGAAUUUUAUUUGCCUUAGUGAUUGGCGAAGCGACGAUCUCCUGUCAGCGAAAGGUUGCAUUGCAAAAAACAUGAUUGAAAUGAAUAAACUCUGGCCGCAAAAUAUUUCCUCUACUAAUUUUCCGAUGAACUAAAAUUGCCCGUAGCUUAUUUUAAUGUCAUUAAGCUAUCAGCAUUCACUAUCGCCAUUUUUUCUGCAUCGCUGCGUGAAUUAUAGAUUUUUUGUGGGAAAGUUACUUUGAAUCUAUUGAAAUAAGCUAAACUAGAGCUGCAAAUGUGAAAUGAAAGGCCCUCCUGCUCCAAGGUCUUGACGUCUUUGUGUUUUGUGUGUAAUUCGGCCGCAAAUGGUGCUUAUAUAAAACGGUUUUAGGGUUGAAUGUACGUUCAAAGUCGUUGAUAUAUUCGUGUUCUUCAUAUCUGCAGUUAUGUUUAAUUAGGUUGACAAAAAUUCAAAAUUUAAUUAGGUUGACAAAAAUUCAAAAUUUUAGGACCUUUGACUUUUGAAGUUUUUUUGGGGAAAAUUUCUUCUUUGAAUUUAAAUUCUUACAAACCUUGGUAUAUAUUUUUAAGUGAAUCAUUAAGUCUCUCAUUGAAAAAAUCAAGUGAAACUCCGUACCUCAUUGUAAGACUACUAAGAGUGAAGUAUUAAUUUUUUUUUAAACAAUACCUUGGUUUCCGAUAUCGUCGGUGCAUGCAUCGUUAACUAGAAGAGUUAUUCAAUUUUUAUUGUUCCAGUACUGAGUAUGACUAUUGGAAAAGUGACAAUACCGCUCUUAAUAAAAAGAAGUGAUCUUGUCGCACAGCUUGUGAAUCUAACUUCAGUCUGUAUAAAAAAAUUGUACAGAAAAAAAAAUUAUUUAAUAGAGGGCAGAAGACGGGAAUUGAAGGUACGCAAAAGGAGAGGAGAAGGAACGUGAAGGGGGGAACUUCUCACUCCCUGACCUGCCCUCCCCCCUUCCCAUGUUCGAAAAACAAAAUUCUGAUGCGAAGAACUCAAUUGGAUAUUGUGGUUUGACACCAGCUAUCUACCUGUUGCUAUAUGGGCCAGUUCGAAGAAAACGCGGAGUUUACCCGAAAAUAUACAAAAGGGACUGAGAAUACGAUAAAAUAAGCUGUAGAAUAAAGCUGGCUCAAAACAGUCUGUACUACAGUAAAACUCCGCCAAUUCGACUUUCCAAGGAAAACGAAAAAUGGUGCGAGUAAGCGAGUAGAUAUUACAAAAAGGAAUAAUGUUUUCCCAUUCUCACACAAUCAACAAUCAUUUUAGUUCAUUUAGAUUUUUUUUGGUUUUGUUUUGUUUUUUAAAGUUUUAAGUAGUUUAUACGUUUUGCUAAAUGUAUUACAUUUUCAUAAAUGUUAUCACGUUCGACUCAAUCGCGAUUUAAGAUUAGGACGUGACACUCAGACACUUAUGAAAGUCAUCAAACGCGAGGUAUUUAGGGUGAAUUUGGGCCAAAGGUAACGUAGAAUUAGUUCGAGCUAACAAGGAGUUCGGGGAAAAACGGAUCUUGUUCGAGUUAGCGGAGUUCUACGGUACUUCGCAGCGAUAAAUCAAUAAUGCGAUAUUUAAUAUUGUACUGUACUGGUAUUGAAAAAAAAUACCCGGUGAACAGGUUUCGUUCGUUCGUUUCACCUAAACGACUGUACGUGAUGUUAUUCGUUAUCACCUCAUCAAACCAAAGAAAAAUUAAAUUAUUUUCAUUUUGUUUUCACGACAUAAACCGUUGCCGUUACCAUUUUUUAAGCCGAGAUGACCAUUUUAAAAUAUUUAGUCCUAUUUAGGCAUCCACUUAAUCUCGUGCUUUUGUUGUCGGGCCAAAGUCCAAGAAAAUGUUUACACUAAGUAAUAAUAUUUUGUUUUUCAGUUCGACUUAAUUUGCAUGCAUAACCUCGUCUGGUUCUUGUGAGUAAUUAUGCAGACUCAACGAGGCGUAACUUCUUUAAGAUGUAUUCUGCUUUGUGAAGUUUCUAUAAAACACAGAAAUUCUAUCCAAUUUAGAGCAGCCAAGCGUUUAUGGAGGGACCAGAGGGUGAUAGUUUUCUGCUGACAAAGGAGGUCAUCAAGGAACAGAGAAGAGGAUGCAAUGAUUUCAAGCGGAUUUCGCGAUAUUUGGGGGAAUGUAAACAGCCUGACAGCCCGUAUGCUUAUUUUGUAUGUUUCUGUGGGUUUCUAUGCAUUUUGAUCGCCAUCGGCUGUUCGUAUUCAUACGGUCUUCUAUUCCCAGUGCUACUGCACGAAUUCAAAGAAGGAAAAGCCAAGACAGGUAAGACAUCGGUUUUAAUUUCCCUUUCUGUUGCUGAGCUACGUAAAUCGUGCCGCUAGAUUACCAUACUUUCUUUAACACCUACAGUGAAACCUCUAGUUAGCGGACACUAAGCCGGGUCCCGAAAUUGACGUCUCGUAUUUCCCUUCGUAACGAACCCUAAUUCAGCGGACUCCUCUACUAAGAGGACGCGGGCACUAAAAUAGCAUGUAUUUGGUUAAUUUCUAGUGUUAAAAUCCUCUAUUAGUGGGGAACCGGUCUGAAUUGACAAUGUAGUGUAUGGGAUACAUCAUUGAAAUUGUCAAUUAAAAGUAAUCAGUCCAUGUACCAUUGCUGUUUUGCGUAUUACCAACAAAUAAAGUUGGUAAUGAAAGGUAAUGAACUUGAACUCUGGAUAGCUUCGUUAACAACAUGGAACUUUAUCACAGUACAGAGUAACCGUUGAAUGUGAAUCGUUAACAAACAUUGUGCAAUUUUUACGAAUCUCUAUUAAGCGGACCCUCGGGAUGGUCCCGCGAGACGUCCGAUUAAUAGAGGUUUCAUUGCUGUAUAAAGACGAGACUUAUUGUCAGAUGCACCCAACGCCUUUUCUGUUAAAUAAACAUGGAUAUCUCCGUUAGUAUUUCACAAUGGGUAAAGUUUGACAUAAAACUUAUCAAGGGUUUCUGUCAGGAGAUAGUGCUUGCGCUCUUCGAGACCGUUGUUUUCUGUUUGUUGUUUUUUUUUUCUUAUCUGUUCUUCCAGCUUGGGUUGGUUCUCUGGCGUAUGCAUGCGGCAGUCUAUUCGGACCAGUUGUAGGACUUCUUUGUGAUCGAUUCAACCACCGUACAGUUGGUAUUGCAGGGGGUAUUAUCUCUACCAUGGCCCUCCUUGCUACUUCGCAAGCUCCAAAUCUAACUCUGAUGUACUUCACGUUUGGCGUUGCGUUUGGCUUUGGAAAUUGCUGUAUCUUCUUUGUUGUGCUAACUAUAAUGCCCAAGUACUUCAUCAAAAGGCGCUCGUUAGCAACAGGGCUCGUUCUUAUGGGGUGUGGAGGGGGAUUAAUUGUAAUGAGCCCCAUCAUUCAGGCCUUGUUGACAGUGAGCUCAUGGAGAAUCACAUUUAUUGCCAUGGCAGGGAUGUUGUUCGUGACUUGCAUAUUGUCUUGUUCAUUCGACUCGAAGAUUGGGGACAACGAUAAGGACAGCACUGAUCAAGACAAGAAGCCGAACAAGUUGUGCCCUACGUUAGAUUUUUCAUAUCUGAGAAAUAAGCAGUUUGUUAUCCAUCUAAUUGGAAGUAUCACGUGUUUUUGCGGAAUCACAGUUCCUUUGGUUCACAUGGUAAGUUGAUGUGAAACUUGAAGUGGAUCAUUUACACGCCCCGGUGAACGAUGAUGAUGUAAAUGAAGAUGGUAAAUUUCAAGCCUGUUUAUUUAGGUGAAAGAAGAUGUUUUUUUCAGUUAAUGAAAAAUUAAGGCAUACUCGGAGAAAAAAGCCUUUGUUUAGGACUCCGAGUGCUCUCAAUGGGAGUCGAACGCGUUAAAGCCUGACAGAGCUCCCUUGAUCAUGUUGGAAAAGAUAAAAUAGAUAUUUAGUCUUCAUUACCUCAUCGCACAAACCAUUGUGCUAGUAAAGCAUUACCUAACAAUUGAGCUCAAGCUCAGGUUACACUUGUUCUCCUACAGGCAGAGUACUGUCAAGAACGUGGAAUUGACGCAAACCGCGCAUCUAUGAUGUAUUUUUGGAACGGAAUAGUGACAGUUAUUUUGAGGGCAUUAACGGGUUCCGUGUGCGACAGGAACAAACUGUAUCCAAGGCUAAUUAUGCAAGUGGCAGUUUUCGUUGCCGGAGCAACUACAAUCCUAACCACCUUAACGCAGUCGUACACCGAACUAUUGACCUGUUUUGUCGCUUAUGCUGUUGCCGACGGGGCUAUAGUCACUUCAAUGAACAUCUUGGCUUUGGCAGCACUUUCCCCAAAACAACGCUCUCAAGGAUUUGGAUUUUUCCAUUUCUGUAUUGCGUUCGCUUUAGCAGUGGGCCCCCCUUUCGGAGGUGAGUGCAAACGCUGGCCCUUGAUUUCUUUUACGUUACCUUUCAUACUAUUUGCUAAGGUUAAGCUUCUUGGAAAACGAGCAUCAAUGAAAGCAGUGCCUACACGAGUCUUUUCUUAGUAACAGAAGAUCUAUUCAUUAAAAAUUAUUGGAAGAGGUUGAGAAAAACAUCAUGAUUUGCCAAUGGCAAGAAAGAGAGGAUAAUUUAUCGUCUCCUAUGGUUAGUAAAUCAAUUAUUGCCCAAGCUGGUGACUGUGGAAAACCAUUCUGCGAGGCAGUUUCUUUAAUCAAUCCCUUUUAAUUUUUUUUAGGUUUUCUUGCCGACUUCUCCGGAUCGUACUCCCUCACAUUCUAUGUAGCAGGAGCAUUCCACGUGUUAGCUGGUUGUAUUCUGCUCUUGUCCUACUGUGUUUCAAGUCCCAAUGUCGCUCAGGAACACUCUAAGGAACUUUCACCACACGAGCAAUGUCUAAUUGUUGAUGUUGUAACAGUAUUAUGAGAUUUUGCCUAUAAACCGGUUGUAGUUUUAACCACAGAGAG